AUGUCAGUUCUUGGAAAUAAUUUUUUUCAUCUUUCUUAUAUUUCAAUUUCCUUUAUUUAUUCCAGGAUUUUAUUAAGUGAUUUCUGUUUAUUAGAGAAGGAAGGCACAGUUCUUACUUUCACUGGAAGCAUGGAAAAGUGUUCUCUUAAAGUAGUUCUGAAAGUGCACAAUCCCCAGUUUUACUGGAAGAUUAUGACAGAAGCUGAUUUAGGCCUUGCAGAUGCAUAUAUCCAUGGAGAUUUUUCGUUCGAAGAUAAAGAAGAAGGUCUUCUGAAUCUGAUCCUGAUACUCAUUGCCAACAGGGAGUCUAACUCUUCCGCCUCAGGACUGAUUAAGAAAAGGGGCUGGUGGACACCUGCACUGUUCACAGCCAGUAUAUCAUCUGCAAAGUAUUUCCUUAAGCAAGUCUUGAGACAAAAUACUCUUACUCAGGCUCGUAGAAAUAUUUCUCGUCAUUAUGACCAGAGUAAUGAACUUUUUGAGUCAUUCAUGGAUGAAACAAUGCAAUACUCCGCAGCAAUUUUUAAGGCGGAAGAUGAUGACCUGAAGGUUGCACAGCUAAGAAAAAUCACUUCUCUGAUCGAUAAAGCAAGAAUAGAGAAGUGGCAUGAAGUUAUUGAAUUCGGAAGUGGUUGGGGAUACUUUGCUAUUGAAGUUGUCAAAAGAACCGGAUGCAAAUACACUGGCGUCACUCUAUCAGAGGAACAACUGAAAUAUGCAGAAGCAAAAGUGAAGGAAGCCGGACUUCAGGACAACAUCAAGUUUCUUCUUUGUGACUAUCGUCAGUUACCAAAGACAUGCAAAUAUGACAGAAUCAUUUCUUGUGAGAUGUCAGAACAUGUUGGCAAUGAAUAUAUUGAGGAGUUUUUUAGAUGCUGUGAGUCAAUACUGGCAAAGGAUGGGCUUUUUGUCCUUCAGUUCACAUCGGUUACGGAGGGGCUUUACCAUGAGUACCUACGAAGUCCAGGCUUUGCGAAAGAAUAUAUCUUCCCUGGUGCAUGCUUGCUUUCACUGACUAGGAUGUUAUCAGCCAUGGCUACGGCGUCCAGACUCAGUGUGGAGCAUGUGGAAAACAUAGGAUCUAAUUAUGUCCAAACACUUAAAGGUUGGAGAAAAAAUUUCCUGAAAAACAAGAGCAAAAUUCUGGCCUUGGGGUUCGAUGAAAAAUUCACGAGGACAUGGGAAUAUUUUUUUGAUUAUGCUGCAGCUGGUUUUAAGUCACGUACUCUUGAAACUUACCAGGUUGUUUUCUCACGCCCUGGCAACUUUGCUGCACUUGGCGAUCCAUACCAAGGUUUCCCUUCAGCAUAUUCAUAUUGAUUCAACCAGGAUCAAGCUGCUUCUACCGGCUGCUAGUUAUGUCUGUGUCCCCACCUUUAUUUAUAUGUUUUAUUGGGAAAAAAAAAAAGAACCAAUGAAGAAAAUAAUCUAGUGAAGCUGGAAUGUAUCUAUGCAACAAUGGAGAAUGGUGUGAAAUAAUCUUUUAAAUAGGAAGAAGAUGAAGUCACAUGGACUACCACGUGACUGUAUCAAAGUAUCUUUUAUAUUCUGCAGUGUGAAUAGGCUUGUCCGCGUGCUUUUUUUUGUUUUAUUUUAGAAGGAAAACGCCAACCAGUGGUGUUGCAGGCCGCUGGUUUGUUAUUUGUAGUGCUGGCAUUUUCCUUUUUGCUCUCAUGUGGUCAUAUGCUGAUAAAUGUUGAAAUCGUGAAAUGACAAGCUAAGCCUCUGUUUUUCUUAUUCA